UUUGAAGGCUAAAAUAUUUUCAAAUAAACAAAUAAUCAGUUUUAUAGGAGACGCUGAGGUGCAUAUAAAGAAUAAUUGCUCCAGAUAAGAAAUAAAAAUGCUGACCACAAAAAGCAAUGAAAAUUAAUCAUUUAUUUAACAAAAAAACACUAUCGUAAGAAAACUUAUAGGUACAUAUCGCUAAUAAAACAAUAGGCUAUUGAUGAUAAAUUCUCGGCAAAAUUUUGUUACGGCGGGUCUUAUCGCAACAUUCUUAAUGUGAGACAUUGGGUUUGUGUCAAAUUAGACGCUACCGUGAUUGUAUCGCGAGUACAAAAAGUGAUUUUUUUGAAUUAAAACUUUUGAUUUGUGUGAACCAUGGAAUAUCAAAGUGCUGAAAGAUGGAGUUUGAGACAAUUCUAUACUAGAUCCAUCAUCAAUUUGAAAUCUUGGGCGCAAACUGAUGUAGGACGAAACAAACAAUCCAAUUUGCGUCUCAAAUGGGUGUUCUUAUCUCAACGACAUGCAGCUUUCGUAGUGAAUAUUUAUGGAAACCUAUUGCUCAGAGAUCUAAAAGUAAGUUUCAAUACUGCAUAGUAGUUGAGACAAAAAUGGUGCUAAUUAAUUUUAACAUUUAAUCAACGAAUUCUUCUUUUCUAGAGUACUUCCGGAACAUUUGUUAAUGGACAAGCAUUGCCAACGUGCAAAAACCGAGUCCUGGCUCAUGGAGAUAUUGUGAGUUUUGGGUUGGGACAUUAUGUAGACGCUACCACUAUACCCAUGAAGUUGUGCUUCUUUGAAGUGAUUGCAGGAGAUGGAGGAUCAACAAUGGGUACUUUGUUAAAAGGUACAGGAAAAAAACAACCUCUCGACGCUGCUGAACCGGAGCCUAUUCCAAACACUUCCAAAGUUAACGAGGAGUCAAUUGAUUCUGUUAUUGACUCGUCCACAACGGGAUCAGAAGGCUCGACAUCUUCCAAAGGACAAGAAAAAGCCAUACAAAACAUUCAGCCGACAAGAGUAUUCGAUCCGAUGAUAUCCAACACUGACAAAAAUCAGUUGAUAUAUUCGAGAUUACAGUCGGCAGGAAACAGUUCCGUGGAGGCAGUUUCAGAGACGGACGAUUUUUCAAGAUGGGUUGACGGCUGCAUCGGAAAGAUUGAUAUAAAUAUGGACAAUUUGUCACUAGCACAAUUUGAGAUGCCUCAAACUAGUAAUGCAACUAUUUACACGCACGAUGAUUCUGAUGAGACCGAAAUACCAUCAACAUCUCAAGAGAUUAUCAAUACACCAUCAACAUCUAAGAUGUUAGUGAGUAAAGAAGAGUCAAGUUCAAAGGCAAAAAGUCCUCCAACUGACGAAUCUGCUUUGUUAUGCGAGCAAAAUAGGUCAGGAACUAAAAUAACAAUUUUAAGGAAAACGAAAAUCAGGACCGAACGCGUGAAUCUAUUUAAAAUGGAGGAUGCUGAAAAAGAGCACAUUAAAGCUAUACGCAGGAAACGAUUGGAAGAAUUGGUGCAGAAAAAAAAAGGUAACAAGAAAUCGAUUCCUUUACAGAAUUCAUUCGAAGUAUAUGUAAGAGCUGAACUCGAUGAUGAACUCUUCAAUAAAUCAGAUAAGGAUGAUAACGGUGAUGAAUAGUUCC